ACUCCGCCAUGCAACGGUCCAUUGCGUCGUUCUUUGGCGCCCCGACUCCCAUGGACGUGGCACCCGCGUCCUCGACAUCACCCUUGGCUGCUGCGGCGGACGCUUCCCCUUCCCGUGGCCUUCGCAACGCCCCCGCCCCGCCCUCGCCCGGCCUGCCGCAUGAUUCUACACCCGCCGCCAAGGCGGGCCCCUCGGCCGGCCCAGCCUCGCCCUCGCCGCGCAAGCGCAAGGCCGACACAGACCUAGCCCCAGACACAGAUGCAGACGCGGAUGCGGAUGUCGGUGCUCCAGGUCGGCACCCGUCCAAGAAGCGCAAAGUGCUCUCAGACUCCGAGUCGGACGACGAGGCCGACAAUGGCCAGGACGCUCUGGCCAAGGGCGGAAGCGAGGGGAGCAUCAAGGACGCCGUCGCUCUUGUCACCACGACUGCUGACAUCACCAUGCUAGCCGCCAAGGCCGAGAUCAAGACCGAGAUCAAGACCGAGAUCAAGACCGAGAUCAAGACCGAGAUCAAGGCCGCGCCUUCGUCGGCAGCAUCUGCAUCGCCGUCGACAUCGCAGGCAACCAACGUUGCGUUUACUCGCGAGCAGCUCACAGUUUUCUCUGCAGACCGGCCGGCGCCCGAAGGCGACGACGAGCCGGUAGCAACCAACAUGGCCGAGGCGUACAAGGGCGCGACGUAUGAUCCAAUCGCGGACGCGGGGUGGAAGGCCGGGGAGCCGGUGCCGUACUUGGCGCUCGCAGCGACGUUUGAAAAGAUCGAGGCGACAACCAAGCGGAUCGAGAUCAUUGCCCACCUGUGCCGGCUCUUGCGGUCGGUCAUUGCCCUCACGCCGGAUGACCUGCUCGAGGUCGUCUACCUCUGUACUAACCAGGUCGCGCCGUCGUUUGCCGGUAUCGAGCUCGGCAUCGGCGACACCGUCAUCAUGAAGGCCAUCUGCGAGGCGACCGGGCGGACGCUCAAGUGGCUCAAGGCCGAGUACGCCGAGACAGGCGACCUCGGCGAGAUCGCCGAGGACUCGCGCGGCAUGCAGCAGACCAUGUUUAAGCCCAAGCCGCUCACCGUCCGCAAAGUCUUCAAGACGCUCAAGGGCAUUGCGCUCGAAAAAGGCCAGUCGUCGAUGAACCGCAAGAAGGACCGCAUCAAGUCGCUGCUCGUCGCCGGCGAGGGCUCCGAGGCGCGCUACCUCGUCCGCUCGUGCCAGGGCAAGCUCCGCAUUGGCCUCGCCGAAGCCUCGGUCCUUGCGGCACUUGCCCAUGCCGCGUUCUUCACCCGGCCGGCCAUUGGUGACGACGGCCAGGUUCUCGACGCGUACACACAGAUCAAGCCCAAGCUCAAGCUCCCGCAACUCCAGGCCGAGCUAGACGAGGCCGUCCGCAUUGUCAAGGAGGUCUACUGCGAGCUGCCGUGGAUGAAGGUCAUUCUCGAGUCGCUGCGGACGACCGGCCUCCGCACGCUGCACGACCACUGCUACCUGCGGCCCGGCAUUCCUAUUCGGCCCAUGCUCGCCUUCCCCACCAAGGGCAUUUCGGAGGUCUUUGAGCGGUUCGGCGGCUCGGCGUUCACCUGCGAGUACAAGUACGAUGGUGAGCGGGCUCAGGUCCACCUCAAGUCGGACGGCUCGAUCGCCAUCUACUCGCGGUCUUCCGAGGACAACACGUCCAAGUACCCCGACCUCAUUGCCAUGCUCCCAUCGGCGCUGCAGGAUCCAAAGGCAACAACGUCGUACGUCAUCGACUGCGAGGCUGUCGCCUACGACCGCGUCACCCAAUCCAUUCUCCCGUUCCAGGUUCUCUCAACCCGCAAGCGCAAGGACGUCGAUGUGGCCGACAUCCAGGUCCAGGUCUGUCUCUACGCCUUUGACCUCCUCUAUCUCAACGGGCGCCCGCUCCUCAAAGAGUCGUUUGCCACCCGUCGGUCGCUCCUCUACUCGACGUUCAAGGCGACCGAGGGCCACUUUAUGUUUGCCCACGCCAAGGACUCGUCCGACGUCGAGGAGAUCCAGACGUUCCUCGAGGAGGCCGUCAAGGGCAACUGCGAGGGCCUGAUGGUCAAGACCCUCGACGAGAACGCCACCUACGAGCCGUCCAAACGCUCGCACAAGUGGCUCAAGGUCAAAAAGGACUACCUCGACGGCAUGGGCGACACCCUCGAUCUCGUCGUCAUCGGCGCGUACACCGGCAAGGGUAAGCGGACUGGUGUCUACGGCGGCUUCAUCCUCGCAUGCUACGAUCCAGACUCGGAGCGCUUCCAGUCGAUUUGCAAGAUCGGCACCGGCUUCUCCGACGCAGACCUCGCCGCUGCUCACUCCUCGCUCGCUGCGCACAUCAUUCCGGCACCUCGCUCUUACUACGCCUACCCGGACCAUCUCACCCCCGAUGUCUGGUUCGAGCCGGCUCAGGUCUGGGAAGUCCUGGCCGCCGAUCUCUCCAUCUCGCCAGCCCACAAGGCCGCCGCCGGUCUCGUUGACCCCGAGAAGGGCAUCUCGCUCCGCUUCCCGCGCUUUGUCCGCCUCCGUGAGGACAAAACGCCCGAAAACGCCACGUCCUCGCACCAGGUUGCUGACCUUUACCGCGCCCAGGACAUCAACCACGGGUAUGAGGCUCCCGCCGCUGCCGGUGACGACGGCGACGACUUUUUCGACGACGAGCUGCUCUGA